AUGGAGACUACGAAGCGCGUCAAGAGAGACGAAGAUACUCCCAGAGCCUAUCUCCUCAGCACCAUUGACGGCAUCAACAGAGCCCAAUACGAAGAGUGGGCCAAGAAGCCGCCGCUUGGUGACAAGGAAGGUGACAUAAUCGCUUUCGAUGAACUCGAAUAUGUUUCUUGUCAAUAUCUCAAUCUUACUGACGCGGAGGCCGCUAUUGUCCGCCAGGAUCCUAUCAUAAGAUUCAUCGAGCGAAUUACUGAAGACGAUGGCGAGCUGCGCGUCAUCCCUCCGCAGGAAGAUCCGAGUUCACUACUUCCAAGUUCACUUCAUGUCAAAGCUCAGGCACUCAACCAGAGGGAUGAGAGUGCAGCUCAUCUCAAGUUGCUGUCAGCCAGGAACCAGAGAAACGACCCCACAAAGUUACCGAACUAUGUGUUUGAGCCUUCACUCGGAAAAGGUCAAACGAUCUACGUCCUCGAUAGUGGUUAUCGUAAAAGCCACCAAGAAUUCGAUGCCUCAGAGCGCGAGGUUCGGGACUUUACUGUUGCUAACCGAUACACAUUCGCUGGUAUUGGGCUCACGCCAGAUCAACAAGGUCCAGAGGAUAUGACAGAUGUCACUGGUCACGGCACUAUGGUUGCGAGUAUCGCAGCCGGAUACGUCAGUGGUGUGGCCUCGAAAGCAAAUCUUGUUGUCGUGAAGAUGAGGAACUGGGCCAAGAACCCUUUGAACCCUGACCGACCUGAACUUAAACCACGUGGCGUUACGGACUCAGCGCUAGAGUAUGCCUUCGCGUGGACAAGAAAGGACAUUAGGCAACAAAAGCUCAAUAAUCCCGACCCUAAUGCAAGGUAUAUUAUCAACCUAUCUUAUGGCUGGGACAAAGAACAGCAUCCUGGUAAGAUUGCGGUAUUGGAGUAUGCACUCGCGGAAUGCAAGAAAGACGGUGUCACGCUUGUUAUCGCCGCGGGUAAUGAUGGAGAACAUCGCACUCUGGAUUCCCUCAUACCGCAAACCUAUGGCACCGACGAUAGGUUUGAAAUGAUCACUGUGGGUGGCGUGGACCAGACCGGGAAGUAUUACGCACAGACAGUCCAAGGCAAGGAGGGCCAAGGCGGCCAAGUCGAUGUAUACGCCGACGCAGUUCAAGUUGUUGCUGCGAAGCAUGACAAAGAUUCUAAGGAUGACUCCACUGAAGCAGUUGAUGGAACAUCCGCUGCGGCACCAGCCAUAGCCGGGCUCGCUGCAUAUCUCUUCAGCAUCCCGGCACUAAGCAGCAACUGGGGCGACGACACCGCACCGGCAGACAUGAAGAAGUUCAUGUUGAAGAACUCUGAAGUCAGGAAUGACAACCCGUUUAAAGAAGGCGAGGAAUAUCCUACAUCGCCAAAGCCCGAAAAGGAGAGCCUCAAAGUACCAUACAACCUGGCGCUGAAUACACUUUGCGAUCUUCCUGAUGCGGCAGCCAAGCGUUCUCUCUUCACAAAGCGAGCCCCAACACCCGAGAAGUCGGUUCCAGGCCGCCCUAUCAUCGAGGGUGGCGAAGUCACGAACGAAGAUUUGAAGAAUGAAAUCUGCAACGUCCACAACCGCCCCGCUCCAGAAACCGAACCCGAACCCGAACAAAUACCAGAAGCACCGGCACCACUCCCAAACACAGCGGGCUGCAAGCUAGUCAAGCCUGGCUUUGGCGCCGGUGAUUGGGAGAUCACAGGAUCUGGAUGGGGUGAUGAAGCGUCGCUCAGGGAGAAGUUCGGUGAUUGGGCGUUCGGCUAUACUGGUGGCGAUUCUUUCACGGCUACGUUUACGAGUGCCAUGGAGACGGUUGAUAUUGAGAAGGCUGUGAGGGAGAUGUCCGGGUUGGGCGAUGUUACUUGUACUUAG